GCGUCCGCGUGGACUUCCAGUGUCUGUGCUGGACCCUCCUGGCAGCACAUCUGGCGCCGCCCCCGGCGCGCUCCGCGCGCCAGGAAGGGAGGCCCAGCGCCGAUCCAAGAAUUCCGCGCGGACCCCCGAAAGUUUAUGCUCUGCAGCGUGUCUGGUGCUAUUAUCAUGGCACUAUUGAAGCACCUUCAGUCCCUCGGGCGCUCUCAGACUCUGGUGGGCCCUCGCAUGCACGCGCGGUGUAAGUUUACAGCGACGUUCAGGGUCGCUGCUGCGGCUCUUCCUGGCGUGCUGAUGGUUCGGAUUGCGAGACAUGUCUCGCGUGGCUGUCCUGACCCGUGUGCGCAGCAUGUGUACCAAGCUGUGCCAGCGUUCCGUAGCAGGAGGCUCGAGUCGUUUCAAUUAGGUGUUGCAGUGUCUCUGGCAGGGCCCGCUGCCCGCCUUCUGCAGUGGCGGAUGGAUCGAUCCCUGGUCUUGUGAAUGAGAGCGGGUGCUCGGUCGCCGUUGUGGAGGAGAUCGGAUCGGAGUGUGCGCAUCACUAGGCGCUGGCCUUUCUCGACAUGGAUUGGCACGCGCUGCACUUCUGAAGUGGCUUGGGGGCUCGGGCCCAAGGCGGUUGAGCAUCGCCAGAGCAACCGGAUGCGCUCCAGGCAGGCGCCGUGCGCACCGUCUCCGUGCUGCACCCCACCCGAGGGUCGGCGGGCCCGAAGCCGAGCCCGACCGCGGUGCUCCGCGUGAGGCCCGGCUCGCCCUGCUGAUCGACGGGGACCGCUUCGGCCCGCUGCACUGGCCGGGGAUCAUCGGCGCCGUCGAGGCCAGGGGCCCGCUGGCGUGCACGCACGUGUUCGGCCCCCCGGGCAUGGCCCACCACGGCGCCUGGGCGAGGGCGCUGGCCGCCGAGCGGGCCGCCUUCGUCCCCGUGCCCCGGCGGCGCGGCGGCGGCAAGGACCCCAACGACCUCGCCAUGGGCAUGCACGCCACCCGGCUCGUCUCCCAGGAUCAUGGGCGCCGGAUUGACCGAAUCGCUCUCGCGGUUCAAGAUAUCGCGGAUUUUGUCUACCUGGCGGAGUGCCUCCGCUCGUGGGGCCACCGCGUGCUGAUCCUGCUCCCCGAGGGGCAGCACAGACGCCUGGCUGCCACGUUCGAGGAGGCGCGAGCUGAGGUGGCUUUCUACGUGCCUCGAGGUGGGUAUACCGGGAGGGGCAAGUUCAAGGCUGUCCUGCACAGCUCCGGGGAGGGAAGCAUAGAGGAGGCGUCUGCAGACGACUAUUCGCAGAGCGAGCUGUUCGACACCACGGAGGUGAUGAACAUGAUGAUCGACCUGGGGUACGCGGAGAGCGACGCGGAUCCCCUUGUCCCAGCACUUGCGAAGUUUUUUGUUACGCACAAGCUUGGCUCCCUAACGGUAUGGCCCUCUCCAUGCGCCUAUGCGCAAACAGAAGCGGCCCUAGCAGAGAACAGAGCGCGCACGUGGACGAGAAAUCGGCGCGACCAGGUUUUCGUUUUCCCGCAAGCGGCUCGUUCAGCUAAGGUCGACAGGUAUGGCUCGCGACUCUGCGGUGCGAUUGCCAAAGGAGGUGGCCCAUUCGUGAUUCAGGACAGCCCCGACCUGGUAACGCGUGUGCUCACCAGGCUCGGGUACUGCCACCCAGACUCGGACGCGUCUCUCGACGAAGCCAUCGACGUGUUCUUCGAGGUGGGAAUGAACCGAAGCAACAUGGCCGCCCUGGGGCACCCGACCCCACCGCACGCCGCACGGCGCUCCCGGGCCGGCCUGCUGCACACCCUCCUCGCCUCCAGCCGCAGCAGCGGCGCGUGGCAGACCGCCCCGUCGGACAGGGCGGUGCGGCGGCUCCUCGAGUCCGCCGGGCGCCUGCCCGGCGCCGGGCGCGCCUCCCGGGGGCAGGUGCUCGCCGCCAUGCGGAGCUACGCCGCGCAGCGGGAGCUGCCGCCGCGGCGCUCCUACGUGGGGCUGGUGCACGAGAUCCUGAAGCACCAGCGCUCGGCGGACCCGUCCGCGCGGGUAUGAGGUGUCCAGGCCAGGUCAGGCCGAGGCGAGCCUGCGGGCUCGAGCAGGGGCCCCAGGCCGCCGGUGGGUUCCUCGCCAGGCUGGGCAUCGACAGUGGGGUGCGCGCUGGCCUGCCGCCGAAAACGCUACACGCAGGCGGCGAAGGAUUGGGCAGGCACGCAUAGCCAUAAAGGAGAGAAGCGAAGGCGACAGACAGGUGAGUGAGAGAGUGAGAUAUGGUGAGAGCAGCAUGCGUGCUGGGCCAGGGCAGCGGCGCUGUGGAUGACCGCCUGUGCAA